GGAUACCUGUAUCUCUUUUCCAGGGGUAUCUUGGUGAGACUGGAAGGAUGUAGCCAUCCGGUGGUUAUGAAAGGUUUGUGUGCAGAAUGUGGCCAGGACUUGACUCAGAUACGAAGCAAGAAUGGAAAACAGAAUGUACCAUUAUCCACAGCAACUGUGUCUAUGGUUCAUAGUGUCCCAGAACUGAAAGUGAGCUCUGAGCAAGCUGAACAGCUGGGAAGAGAAGAUCAACAACGACUACACAGAAAUCGGAAACUAGUGCUUAUGGUAGAUUUGGAUCAGACGUUGAUCCACACUACAGAACAGCACUGCCAACAGAUGUCUAAUAAAGGCAUAUUUCAUUUUCAGUUAGGUCGAGGUGAGCCUAUGCUGCAUACUCGUUUGCGUCCUCACUGUAAGGAAUUCCUGGAAAAAAUUGCCAAGCUGUAUGAGUUGCAUGUUUUUACAUUUGGCAGCAGACUUUAUGCACAUACAAUUGCAGGAUUUUUGGAUCCUGAAAAGAAGCUUUUUUCCCAUCGAAUAUUAUCAAGGGAUGAAUGUAUUGAUCCAUUUUCUAAAACUGGGAAUCUUAGAGAUCUCUUCCCAUGUGGGGAUUCCAUGGUUUGUAUCAUUGAUGACAGGGAGGAUGUCUGGAAGUUUGCACCCAAUUUGAUAACCGUGAAGAAAUACGUAUACUUUCAGGGGAUUGGUGAUAUUAAUGCACCACCUGGAUCAAGAGAAAUUCAAAUGAAGAAGAAAAUAAACCACUCUGCUAAGCCAGAGGCACAGGAUUCAGCAGUGACAUUAGCAAAGGACGCCGAUGAAGUGAAGAAUGUUACCUGUAUAGAAGAACAAAACAACGGUCUCAAGAAAGCUACAAAGGACAUGUGCACUGCAAAUGGAAACACUUCUGUAAGCAGUGAAACACCUGCAUGUGAUUUGAGCUCUCAUAGUAAAGUUAAUACUCAGGACUCUUUAAAUGACAGCACUGAUGACAAAACAGACAGUGAGGUCACUAACAAUUUGUCAAGUACUAAAGAAUCUCAGAUUUCUUCUGAACAAGUUGAUAGGAUGGUGUUAGAGAAACAGCAAACUCAAGAGAAGACAAGCGAUUUGGACUUUGAACUGUCUAGUGACAGUGAGAGUGAAGGUGGAUUGGAUACCAGAAAGUCAUCUACUUCUGUAUCAGAUAGUGAGAAUGAGGAAAAGAGAAGCUGGAAGAAAUCCAAACAACCUCCGCAGGAUGAAAAUCCACAGCAAGGGAGUUGUACUGAUGUGAGUGAGAAAAAAGAUGGUCAGGUGAAUCAUUCUGAGGGGACACAAUCUCUUCCAAGUGAAAAUAUUCUUGACAAAACUGAUACUGAUGCUCAAGAAGAAAGUGAACAGGAGAGCGUUUGUGAUUUAGGAAAUGGGUGUGCAGACAAGAAAGAAGCUGAAACUGAGUCUCAGAAUAGUGAACAGUCUGGAAUUACAAUGGGUGAGUCCUUAGACCAGAGUAUGGAGGAAGAGGAGGAUGAGGAUGACACAGAUGAUGAUGACCAUUUAAUGCAUCUCGAAGAGAUCCUUGUGCGGGUUCACACUGAUUAUUACACCAAGUAUGAUAAAUACUUGAAAAAGGAGAUAGAGGAAAUUCCAGACAUCAGAAAAAUAGUACCAGAACUGAAAAGUAAAGUUUUGGCAGAUGUAACCAUAAUCUUUAGUGGACUCUACCCAACAAACUUCCCCAUUGAAAAAACACGGGAACACUAUCAUGCUACAGCGCUUGGAGCAAAAAUUGUUAAGAAUCUGGUACUGAGUGCUGAUGAUCCUGACAAAGCAACACAUCUCAUUGCAGCAAGGACAGGCACAGAAAAAGUACGACAAGCUCAGGACUGCAAAGAUCUCCAUGUUGUAAACCCUGACUGGUUGUGGAGCUGCCUGGAGCGCUGGGACAAGGUUGAGGAACAGCUGUUUCCCUUGAAGGAUGACUACAUCAAAACACACAGAGAAAAUAGCCCUGCCACGUUUCCUGAUACACACAGCACAUUUCAGACAGCUCUGUUUCACCCAACACCCAUUCAUCCCAAGUCUCAACCUGGUCCUGAAGUUCGGCUUUAUGAUCCUAACACUGGAAAACUAAUCAGGAAAGGCUCUCAAACAUCUGGCCAGUCUAUGUACAUCCAGUCUCCAGCUCCUCCCAUCACCUUACCCGUCCAUGGUGAACACUCAUCCUUCAGAACUGUUGUUCAAGAAGCAGCUUUAGAGCAUGAAAACGCAAGCUUGAUAAUGAGCAGCCAUGCUGCAUUGAAACCUGUCAGCAGAGUUGUUCAACCACACCAGCAGCAGAUUUUUGAAGAAGACCUACCAGUGACUGAAAAUGAAGAGCAACCUGGUCCAUCUAAGCGAAAACGCCAGCCAAGUAUGUCUGAGACAAUGCCCCUAUACACCCUAUGUAAAGAGGAUUUAGAGAGUAUGGAUAAAGAGGUUGAUGAUAUCUUAGGAGAAGGCAGUGAUGAAAGUGACAGUGAAAAAAAAAAGCCAGAAGAGAAAGGUGAAAAACCUCAGAUUAGUGCAACAGAGGCUACAGGAGUGAAAACGGAUCAGAGACCUCGGUCAUCGUCGUCAUCAUUAUCAUCAUCAUCAAGUGAAAAAAGCUUAAAAGGCAGUGUACCCAGGGGCCAUAAGCGCAAACUGGAUGAAGACGCUGCCAGUGAAUCCAGUAAAGACUCUAGCAAUGAAGAUGAGGAAGGAAGCAGUUCUGAAGCAGAUGAAAUGGCAGCAGCACUUGAAGCUGAACUGAAUGACUUCAUGUGACAUUCAUGCAGAAGAUGGAAUUUCUAAUUAUAUUUUACUUCUCAUAAGCAGAUCAGACUUCAGAUGAGUCCCUUAUGUCAGUGCUCAAUGUUUUUCCAAAAUGUGUGUGUAUAUUUUGCAAAGCAACACAAGAGGUGACACAUUAUUUUACAAAAUCAGAAAUAGAUGUUUUUAAGGUGUUUUACUAAAGGAAAAUAUACUUUUUUAAACAAAAAAAAGUAAUUAAAUGGGACUUGGUGUGCUAUGCCAAAGACAUGUUAUGAGCUCUGCAGAACCUUCAGAUACAGGACGGUAAUACAAAGAUUUGUGUUUCAGCAUACAGCAACUUUUCAACAUAUUGCAGUCUGUGGUUUAUUGGUAACAAUCUUAAAAAAACAGGAUGAGGUAAACUAAAUGGAAUUGCUUGAGUAGUACAGCAGGAACCUGAUGAACUGAUCAUCCUUUUCCACAAAUAAAUGCUAUCAAAUAUAAAAGGAUUUUUAAAAUUAAAAAAACAGUCUAUAUUUGUAUAGAAACUGAGAACAUCAUAUGCAAGCUUUGUGAACUCUGCAAUUGACUCACUUGUCAUUUGCUUCUGAGAUGAUGAUCAAAAGUCAUGUUUUUAAGUUGCUUUGUGGAGUAGUUGGAUUCGUUAGGGACACCGUUUAGAUUUUUAACUUUUCUUCUCUGUAACCAGAAAUUUAGCACAGCAUACUGUGUGAUCCUGUACUGCCAUAAGAAGCAUAUUCAUCCAUUUGUGUUGUUCUUGGAAAGAACGAGUGCUACUUCAGUCUAGAUAGGAUUUAAUUUCCUUGAAAAGAGAUCUGAUGUAAAGUUUUUGUAUAUUCUAUUUCAUAUUUGACCCACAAAACAGAUUUUCUUUCAUUUAAUAAAAAUUCAUUUUGUAGA